CCGAAACGAUCGGGAACACUUUUCAAUUUCAAUCUUUCUCUUUAUUCUUUGAAAAUGAAAUAUACUCUUUGCUCCAUUCCCAAAUCGUCGUAAACUCUCUUUGUCGGGUAUUGACGUUAGAAAUGAGAUUGAUGCAACUCCAUCGACUGUAAAGUAACUCUACGGUGUUUUACCGGUUUCAUGUGCAAUAUCCGGUGCGUGAGAUGCGUCGCUUUUACCUUUCAAAUUUUCGAGCUUAACUUUCCAUUCAUAUUUCAUUCCCAGAAUCGAAUUUUUACAAAUCUUUGUUUAUUUUAACCUCUCACGCGAGAUUCGCCGUUCUUUGUAUUUUUAUUUUCUCUUGUUCGUCUUCCUUUUUUUUCUUUCAACAUCUCAUUUCAUUUCCUUUCGUUUUUAAUGCAGAGACGACUGUAACAUAGGACGGUGACGAAAUUAUCGUCUUAUUCUUCUUAUCACGUAGAAUCCGAUGAUAGUGGAUGCUUACCACUGAUUAUGAUGACACAAGUCACAAGUUGACACAACUCUCUGAAUGUCAAGGGUAGAAUGACGCUUGUGUCGACUUGUGUCGAUUUGUGUUAUCACAAUGAAUAUUUUAUCUAGAUAAUGGCAGAAGAAGAAUUUGAAGGAAAGGAGUACCGUUGGGAAACUGGCUACGAAAAAACAUGGGAAGCAAUUAAGGAAGAUGAUCACGGUCUGUUGGAAGCCUCUGUCGCAGAUAUUAUUCAUAAUGCCAAGAGAAAACGUCAGUUGGAAAGAAAACAGGGUGCCAGAUUAGGAAUGAUGAGGCAUCUUUAUAUCAUCUUAGAUGCUUCGGAGUCAAUGUCGAAUCAAGAUUUGAAACCAACUCGUUUUCUAUGUUCUCUGAAGCUCCUAGAAGAUUUUAUUGAAGAAUUUUUCUAUCAAAAUCCUAUAAGUCAAUUAGGUGUAAUUAUAACUAGAAAUAAAAGGGCUGAGAAAGUUAGCGAUUUGGCUGGUAACUCAAAGAAGCACAUUAAGGAAUUGCAAAUUUUACAACAAACUGUAGUAGGCGGUGAGCCUUCUUUGCAAAAUUCUUUAGAAUUGGCAACAAAGUUAUUGAAAUUAUUGCCGUCGCAUGCUAGUAAAGAAAUAUUGGUAAUUAUAGGGGCUUUGACUACAUGCGACCCUGGAGAUAUCAACGAAACAAUAAGAAAUAUGAAAUUGGACAGCAUUAGAUGUAGCGUAAUAGGAUUGGCCGCUGAAUUAUACAUCUGUAAACGAAUGGCAAACAUUACCGGUGGCGAACAUAGCGUGGCGCUCGAUGAUAAACAUUACAAGGAGCAAUUGAAUGCACAUAUAGAUCCUCCGCCUGCUGCAACGCGAUUAGAUGCAGCGCUUGUGAAAAUGGGGUUUCCUCAUCACGCUUUACACUCUAACGCGCCAGAUACAUCUAUAACAGUAUGUAUGUGCCACGCACAUAAUUCUGAUGAAACGGUUAAAUUUAUGACUACCGGCUACCUUUGUCCCCAGUGCCUCAGUAAACAUUGUGAGCUACCUGUGGAAUGUAGAGCUUGCGGUCUUACUCUAGUAUCCGCUCCACAUUUAGCCCGAUCAUAUCACUAUCUAUUUCCUGUUGAUCCUUUUAAAGAAAUUGCACCUGAUAGUGAUUAUACUAUCUGCUUUGGUUGCCAAAAAGCUAUUGCUCAAAAGGAUAAAAAGGUAUAUACCUGCGGAAAAUGUAAUCAAAUGUUUUGUUUAGACUGUGAGAUUUUUAUUCAUGAGAUAUUGCACACGUGUCCUGGUUGUGCAAUAAAUCCUGAAACAUAUAAAAAAAGAGAGUCUACAGAUAGAUCUUGAAAUGGUAUACUUGAAAAGUACAUUUAUAUAGGAAGAAAAUUUGUAUAAAUACAUAUGAACAUUGCGAUAGAGUAGAUGCAUUUGCAUGCGCGCGCAUUUAUUCUAGAUUAAAAAUAUUAAAGACAUUUUUAUACAUAGAAAAAAAAAGAAAAAUAUUCUUUGUAUACAGAUUACCUACCUACAACAUUAACGAUUCUAACUGCAGAAUAUGUGAGAAUUGUGCAUGUUGUGUAUGUAUACACACACUCACACGCGCGUGCACACACACACACACACACACACAC